AUGGCGGGCGAUCUUUCCGGGCGGGUCUAUCCCCAGUGGGGAACGGUGAUUGAGGCGACCAAGGACGCUGUUGGUCGUCUCGUUGAGGCGAAAGGCAGAGGUUUCGUCACCAUUCGGGAUCUCAGAGCUGUUCAACAAAUGGCAGACGUAAUUGAGUUGAGGGCGAUACACUUGACCAACUGCGCCCGCAAUGCAGCAAGGAACGCAGGCCAGCCGAAUUUUGGACUCAAGGUAAUACCGACAGGUGGAGAUGAAGACACACCAAAAAAGGACUGA